AUGUUCUUCUACUUAACCACGCUAGGUCUGGCACGUAUCUUGACCGAGGAAACUCCCAAGGUUGUUAAGGGUGUAGAUGAGGUGAACACUCUCUUUCUGAUCGACAAAUGGAACGAUUCUGAGUUCCUUUGUCGAAACUACAUCCUUAACAAUCUUGCCGACUCACUCUAUCUUGUGUAUUGUGAGAUGAAAACGGUAAAUGAACUGUGGAAAUCUCUGGACAAGAAAUAUAAAUCGGAGGAUGCUGGGGCCAAAAAGUUUAUUGUUGGUCGUUUCCUGGAAUAUAAGAUGAGUGACUCGAAGUCUGUAAUCAGUCAAGUCCAGGAGCUUCAAGCUACUGUAAAAGCCAAUGUUGUUGAUCACGGACAAAACUCAAAACGGAAGCAUCCAAAAUCUUUCACGGCGCAACCCAAAGGACAAAACAUGAAAAAGAAGUUCUUAGGGAAAUGCUACAAUUGUGAUCGUAUGGAUCACAAGGCUUCGGAUUGUAAAAGGCCAAAGAAGAAAAAGCCUGAGGCCAACCUGGCAGGAGAACAGGAUAUGGAUCUCUGCGCCAUGAUCUCUGAGGUGAACCUAAUAGGUUCCAAUCCUCGGCAAUGGUGGAUCAAUACUGGAGCCACCAGACAUGUGUGCUGCAGCAAGGAGUUACUCCACAACUUCGAAGAAGUCACUGGAGAUAAACUGUUCAUGGGAAACUCAACAACCUUGGACAUAAUGGGCCAACGAAAGGUGGUGUUGAAAAUGACCUCGGACAAGGAUCUUACUCUGAACAAUGUGUUGAGGGACGCGAGCCGGGCAGUCAAUGCCGACGCCGCCCAAAUCACCUUGGAACUCAUGCAAAUCAUCCCAUCAAGGCAGAGCAUGCGCCCUCCUCGAUAA